AUGAGAGCCAAGUGCGGUGGGAAAGGAAUGAAUAUAGAUUUUCUGUUAAAUAACGAGCUACUAUACUCAACCAACCCAACCACCUCAGAAUUAGAUGGGAUGGAUAGCUCAGCUCUGACUUAUGCUGACCUUUCUGGUGCCCAUAAAUUGAAGUUGCUGCCUCUCUUAUCCACCACUCUGAAGAGAAAUCUAGUGUAG